GUAACAAACAUAGUGGUUCCUUUCAUGUUUAAGUAUGCUGUAGAUGAUCUCAAUCAGAUGUCAGGAAAUAUACUCAACCUGAAUGAUGCUUCUAAUACAGUUGCUACAAUGGCAACAGCUGUUCUGAUUGGUUAUGGAAUAUCAAGAGCAUCAUCUUCACUGUUUAAUGAACUUCGAAAUGCGGUGUUUGGAAAAGUAGCACAGAGCUCCAUCAGAAGAAUUGCCAAAAAUGUCUUCCUUCACCUACACAACCUGGACUUAAACUUUCACCUAAGUCGACAGACAGGAGCUCUGUCUAAGGCUAUUGACCGUGGAACAAGAGGCAUCAGCUUUGUUCUCAGUGCUCUUGUUUUUAACUUAGGGCCAACUAUGUUUGAAGUUGCACUUGUCAGUUCUAUUUUAUAUUAUAAAUGUGGAGGGCAGUUUGCCCUGGUAACACUGGGAACACUGGCAACAUACGCUGCAUUCACCAUCGCAGUUACUCAGUGGAGAACUCGCUUUAGGAUAGAAAUGAACAAAGCAGACAAUGAAGCAGGAAAUGCUGCAAUAGAUUCUUUACUUAAUUAUGAGACUGUUAAGUAUUUCAACAAUGAAAAAUAUGAAGCGGAUAGAUAUGAUGCAUUUAUGAAAGUCUAUGAAACUUCCUCAUUGAAGACUACCUCAACGCUAGCUAUGCUGAACUUUGGCCAAAAUGCAAUUUUUAGCAUUGGACUUACAGCAAUCAUGGUACUUGCUAGUAAUGGAAUAAUUGCAGGAAACAUGACAAUAGGAGACUUGGUAAUGGUCAAUGGACUGCUUUUUCAGUUGUCACUUCCAUUAAAUUUCCUGGGGACAGUAUAUAGAGAGACUAGACAGGCUCUCAUUGACAUGAAUACUCUCUUUACUCUACUUAGUAUUGAUACCAAAAUUAAGGAAAAAGAACAUGCACGCCCACUGUUGGUAACACCUCAAGAUGCAACAAUUCGUUUUGAAGAUGUGCAGUUUCAGUAUUUGGAAGGACAGAAGAUCUUAAAUGGGAUAUCUUUUGAUGUACCUGCUGGAAAGAAAAUAGCCAUUGUAGGUGGCAGCGGUUCUGG